CACACGAGAAACUUCAAGUUUUGCGUUUACUCUGCGCAGAAACACUCAGGCGUUUACGAACUGUCAAUCCGUCAGGGAGAAUUUGGCUUUGCUCGGUGUAGUAAGUAGAGCUUCUUGAAGCCAAGUUGGCGUUUCUCUCUUUCUCUGAGUUUUUAAAAAUGUUUGUUAACAUUGGUAAACUGUUCCCGUUUGUGACUUUCAUACAUUCAGUUCCCGUGUAACUGCCACGCUGAAUUGUGUUAGUUAAACGUGGUUUCCUGUUAACAUGAAAUGACACAUUUCCAAGUUGUGCUUUUCUUGAUUCAGAAAUAAGAAAAGUGAAGCGCGACAUUGCGCUACUAGAGUCGAUUCACGCAAAUCAAGCCAAUAGAUCUAUGAGAAGUUUGAAAUUUCACGCUCUGCUCUGUCACAGGAUUUGUUUUUAUUGAUAACUGUAAAAAGUAAACCCUGUCUGAGACUCUGCUUAACUGCUGCCGGCACGAUACAAGCUUGACUGCGUUGAUGGGGACAUGAGUCAGAGAGAAUCAAAUUGUAAAAUCCCACAGCGACUGGUGAUGGAGUGAUACAUUUCGGGCUUGUUUGUGCCCAACACUGAUCUAACACUUGGAAGAGAGGACUGGAAUAAACCAUAAGCCGCACGGCUCCAUACUGAAGUGUUUAAGUUAGUCUGGGAGGAAAUUUAAAAGACCUAAAAAUACAGCGUUGGUUUCUUCCCUACAAAGAAUCAUUUGAACUUCCCACCGCAGAGCGAGAGCGACAUAAAUAGUUCUGACAUGUGGAUGUAAUUUCAGACGAGGAAAAAAAAAGACAGAUGCAGAGAAAUAAAGAGAGCGGGCUGAGCCUGAGCAUAUAGUAGAUUAAAGGAAAUUAAAUCGAGGGCAGAGCGAGGCGAUUACAGAGUUAUGAUUUCACAAGCCGUCCUAAACAUCGAGAGGCCAGAUGGAGUGAAGAAAUACAAGUCGCUCCACUUUGAAGAGAGUUAGACAUAUUAAAUAAUUUCAUCCGAGCAUCAUCAGCGUGUGAUUGAACCCCGCAAGGACUCUUGGAGGUAGAGCUGCUCAGGUCAGCAAUGGGAUCCUCCAACCUGGACUUCCUACUCAUCUCACUACUCAGCAGUUUAUGCCUGGCUUACGCUGAUGAUGUGCUGACAAAAGACGAACAGAUAGGCCUUUUGUUCAGAGCCAAACAGAAGUGUGAGGAGAACAACAAGUCAAAGCAGAAGGUUCCUGAUAGUUACUGCUCACCAGAAUGGGACGGCAUUGUUUGUUGGCCUGGAGGGCCUCCGGGAAAACUUGUAUCAACCGCCUGUCCGGAGUAUAUCCAUGACUUCAACCAUAAAGGACUAGCAUACCGCCGGUGUGACAACAACGGAACGUGGGAACUGGCCACAGCCAACAAGACAUGGGCCAAUUAUACCGAAUGUUCAAAAUUCCUCCUCCAUUACAACCAUAGCCAUGAAAGGGAGGUCUUUCAUCGUCUGUAUCUCAUCUACACAGUCGGGUACUCUAUCUCUCUGGGAUCACUCAUGGUUGCUGUCGUCAUCUUGGGAUAUUUUCGACGAUUGCACUGCACCAGGAACUACAUCCACAUGCACCUAUUUGUGUCCUACAUGCUAAGAGCUAUCAGUAUCUUUGUGAAAGAUGUUGUCCUCUACUCUGGAUCAGCCGUAGAGAACAUGGAAAGAGUCACCGUGGAAGACCUCAAGUCCAUCACUGAGGCUCCACCAGCCAACAAAACACAGUUUAUCGGCUGCAAGGUGGUUGUGACCUUGUUCUUGUACUUUCUGGCGACCAAUUACUACUGGAUCCUUGUGGAGGGUCUGUACCUCCACAGCCUCAUCUUUAUGACCUUCUUCUCAGACAGAAAAUAUCUAUGGGGAUUUACUCUGAUUGGAUGGGGAGUACCAGCUAUGGUUGUGACAGUUUGGGCCACUAUGAGAGCCACAUUUGCAGACACAGAGUGUUGGGACUUAAGUGCAGGCAAUUUGAAAUGGAUAUAUCAAGUGCCAAUCCUGGCAGCCAUAGUGGUCAAUUUUAUGUUAUUUCUGAACAUCAUCAGAGUCUUGGCAACUAAACUACGAGAAACAAAUGCCGGCAGGUGUGACACAAGGCAGCAGUACAGAAAACUGUUGAAGUCCACGUUGGUGUUGAUGCCACUCUUUGGUGUCCACUACAUCAUAUUCCAUGCCAUGCCGUAUACAGAGGUGUCCGGAGUCCCGUGGCUGAUACAGAUGCACUAUGAGAUGCUGUUCAACUCCUUCCAAGGAUUCCUAGUUGCAAUUAUAUACUGCUUCUGCAAUGGGGAGGUGCAAGCUGAGAUCAAAAAGUCCUGGAGCAGGAGGACUUUGGCCCUGGACUUCAAAAGGAAAGCUCGGAGCGGCAGCAACACUUACAGCUAUGGUCCGAUGGUGUCACACACCAGUGUUACCAACGUCACUGCCAGAGGACCGCUGGCCCUUCACCUCACCACGAGGCUGGGGCCAGUGCCUGUUAACGGGCACAGGAACCUCCCUGGGUACGUGAAGAACGGCUCAGUCUCUGAGAACUCUUUACCCUCGUCAGGACACGAGCUUCACAUUCCUGAUGAGGAGCAUUCGGCUCAUACACGGCCCUGCGAGAACGAGAAACCCUCACCUGUGGUGGAAGAGGAGAGGGAGACAGUCAUGUGACCUCCAGGCCACUGUUGGUAGGGAUGAAAACUGGAAGAAAAUCAAUGAAAUCAUGAAACAGUCUCAGGGGGUCUGAAGGGGAUGACUGUGUGUAUCAACACUGACAGUUUUUCCUGCUUUGAAUCAAGCCAGGACGUUCCCGACAGAUGAGGUUCAAGGCAUAAGGGUGUAUCACUUUUGUGUGCUGGGCCACCUUUAUUUCAGAGAUGAUGACUGUCAAUGUUGUCACUCAACUCUGUCACCAACCACCUGCCACAUUGAAUGUGUAGAAGGAUGAAAACAGACUGUUGUUUCUUUUCCACUGCCAGGACUGUAGUUGUUUUGUUUUCUGUUUCAUUGUUUUGUGCAUACAUCAAACUGGGGUUAAAUACAGUGCAGUACUUGCCAGGAAAGCCUUAACCACUGGUGUAAAACCAGGUGGAUUUUGAGUCUACUUAGUGACACUUACUUAUGCAUGAUUUAAUCAGUGUGAUCAGACAAAGUAGGUGUAGGGUGAGCUAAAAAAAUUUGAGGCAUCUUUUCGCUUUUUCUGGCAUGGUAUCUCAUUAGUUGUGCAUAGACAUGAAUCCACUUCAGUGUAAAAGGGAAGGUACUCAGGUAAUUGAAGCCCUCUUUUGUUGCUCAGCUAUUUUUGUAUUUUUUAGGUGGUGUAUUAUCAUGGUCAGCAUUUUUCUAGGGGUGUUGGUGUCUUAUAGAAAGCUGUUAAAUAUAUAUUUGACUUUUUUUUAAUGUAGUAUGAUUUCAGCUGUUUAAGAAACCCAGCAUUCACCUCUCUAAUUACAACUGAUUUUGACGUGUUCAAAUGAAUGUUUCAUAUUCAAAUUUUCUACAAGAUUACCCCUCCGUCACACACACACACACACACACACACACACACACACACACACACACACACACACACACACACACACACACACACACACACACACACACACACGCACACCAUGAUGCCAAAUAUACAAAGAAUAUCUCUUUGAAGACUGUCUCUGUCCUUAGCAUCAGGUACAGGGUUAGUUGAGGUAAAAAGGUAAUUAAAAGGUAUCAUAUGCCCCCACACAGUUUUCACAAGACGGGACCCCCUUUAAAAACACAGGGUGAAGGAAGCAGUCCUAUAUUUGAGAGGAAUGUUAAUUAAAUGAGGAUUCCAAGGAAAUCUCCAAUUCCACAAUAAUUCCAAGAGUGACAUUUUUGGUGGAAAGGAAGGAAAACCCAGAAAUUAAUAACACACAGUUAUUUGUACAGAUGGUCCAGUGGUAUGCUGCUUUUUGAUGUGUACAUUAUAUACAAGUCACAAUGUUUACAAAGAUCAGAAAUACAUUCUAGUUGUGAGCUAAUAGUGUUCAUGUGUAUUGUUAUAAAGCUAUAUGUUUCAAUGGUUGUUUUUAAAUCAUGUUUGUUUACAGAAUGUUUGCAAUAUUAGAUAAUGUAUAUAUUUCUAAACAUAACUGCCGAAUAUAUUAACAGGUCACGAAUGGCAUUCAAACGAAGUAAGCAUUUAAUGAAGCAUACUGCAAGACAUUCUACACUCCGUGAUUUGUAAUUUAUCUCAUUUAAUCUGCAUACGUUGCUGGUUAAGAAAACAUUAUCUGUUAAACCAAAGAGAAAAGGCCUGAAAUGCUGAGAGGGAGAGGAAGGUUAUUGUGAAAUGCUUUUUGUUUGUUCAUUAACCAUCUUGUUUACACUGACCAAAACGUCUUAAAACCACCCUCUCUGUCAUAAAAAUGACUUGCUACUGGUAGGUAGAUAGAAAUAGAGUUAUGGAGCACCCACAAAGAUUGAAAUUUCAUUGUAAAUAUUCUAAUGUAAAUAGCAUUAAGACAAAUCAGAAGACAAUUUGAAACACCAAGAUCAUUCAUAUUUAAGGCAGUUGUGUUCCUCUACAUGGAAUUGGUUCUCAAGUGCUUAAUAUAUCACUGUUUGGUUAUUUGUCUGAUGGAGUUGUGAGAGUCUUACCUCACAUCACUUAUUUUAUGUGACCAAAGCUAAUAUUGUACGUAGUAUUUUCCCUCAUUUCUUUACAUCCUACAGUCCUGACCGUCAAGCUUUCUUGUCCCGCCGUGCUUCUUUGUUGUUUUGAUGACUUCACACUGACUGAAUCGUGCUCUCAGUUGUGUUCCCCCUGAUGCUAGAUCCAUUAAACUAUGUGCUCUUAGUCUGGUUUAAAAGGUUAAAGCAGUGCCAGCUCUAGUUUUUACUGGCCUACAAAAAAAGUAAAUAUAGCUAAAAGUAAUUUAUAUUUAACAAAUGAAUCAGAUAUCUUUACAAAAAAUCUUUCCAUUAAUUUGAUUUUUAAAAGGCUGGUUAUAACCUAUGUUUCCCUAUUUUAACAAAUGCCAUAAAAGUACCAAAACAAACAGAGAACUGACACACAGAAAGUCUAAUAUAACUUAUACCUCUGCGUCAUACAUGUCUAUUAUUUUCUAAAAUCUAUUUGAAACACAAUAUGGACACACAUUGUUGUACCGGGUGACAUGUUGCCUAAUAACAACGAAUGUGGGCACUGUAGUUAAUGUUAAGUAAAUCUCACAAAACACCUCCAGGGUGUAUAAAUGCGUACAAGCUCACCUAUUGUGUAACAAUCGGCAGCUGAAAAUAAUCCCUCACAAAUGCACUAUUUACUCAUUCCUGAAUAAUGUUUGCUUGAAGCUAAAUAGCCCUGUUUUUUAUAUGACUUAAAACAAUGAAACUACAUAUCAGUAACCUCAACAAUAUACAACAAUACAAGAACCAAUAAUAAGCAGUGGAAUUUCAAGAAGCGGGCUUUGGUCAUUAUUACAACUUGCGAAUGAGUGUAUUGACUACAACACUAAUUACAGGAGGCUGCAGUGAAAGGGUAGAGUGAGACCUUUGUCUCUUGAUAAUACAGUAUUUGAAGAUCUCCAAAGAUCCUUUCAUAUUUAUUAAGCUACUUUUAGCUGUUAUGUAUCGCAUCUCUCUGACAAAUCUGGAACCUUUUUCUGAAUUUAUAACCCUUCAAGUGUAUAGCUGUAAAAUAUGUUAUUAAUGCGAUUGUCCAAAUUCAAUCAGGCUUUCCACUUAUUGCCAACGUGCUAGUAAACAUUAUCUAACGUUUGUGUAUGACAGUUUUUUUUUAAUUAAAAGGUGGAUGGUAUUGGAAAAAGAAAUAUAAAAAAAGAAAAUGUGGAUAAUUAUAUUUGAGCACUUUAAUACUCUAUAAAAGUAAUUUGUUCUGAUUGUAUCUUGUAAAAUGAUUGUGUUUUGGAAUCAAGUGUACAAUAAGGCCAAUCUUCACAGAGCUACUGUUGUAAUUCAUUGUUUUAAGAUACCUCUCAUGGAAGUAUAUAAAAUGUGUGGUUGUUUUUUAUUUAUCUCGUGCCGAAAUGUACUCAGUGCAGUCAACAUUGGUCUUCAUGCUUUAAAUAUAGUAUGUGGGCAGUGUUUGCAUUUUCGCCUUCUCAUCACUCUGUAGUGAUUUAGGCACGUUGUAGAUAUCAGUGUAAAAUUGGAUUAAAAUAGUACGGUGUUUUCUGUUCUCUAAUGUUCAUCAGUGAAUUGUGAAUAAAAUAAUACAUCUGUAA